UUCCUUGUCGUGAUAUGCUAAGCUGUAUCCUCCUAUUUUACCAUACGUGGUGGAUAAAUAUCAGUGGUUUCGGAAAAGUGAAAAUUGAAUAUACUUAGUGAUAGUUACUAGGCAGAUUUACCUCAUACUAUGUCUCCGGGAAACUAACACCAUUCGAAAAUCCGAAUUCACCCAAAUAUCUGCAAUAACGUUGUGCGGCUCCGCACGCUCACAUAGGCACAAGUGUUGUAAAACAUCGCGGUACACGUGUGUUCUAAUCCCCACAUAUUGACAUGCCGAUCUUGCAAUUUCUACAAUUUCUGCUCGAAGAUAUGUGUUACGUGCAAGCUCAUGUCUUGCGGAUAAGGAAUAAGAUAAAAUAAAUCAGUGAAGAUAGAAAGUUAUACACAUGUAAUGAAGCAUGAAAGUGAUUGUUCUGUUUUGUAGUACGAAGUGAAAAUAUGAAAAACACAGCAUAUGAAGCCGCAGCAUCAUCAUUAUUGCUAUCGAAUGUGCUACAGGACCCGAAAAAGUAUCGGGAGUUUGCCGAUCAUUUGUGAUAUAUUUCACGAACAAUAAUCCAGUAUAAACAGAAAGAGAAUGCAAAUAUGGCCAGUAGUGGUCCGGAACAUGGUAUAGCAAGCCCUGCUGGAUCUGAUAGAAUCAACGGUGGUCGAUAUGACUUUGAGGAUGGUGGUACAUUUUGCGGUGGAUGGGAGGACAAUAAAGCGCACGGUCACGGUGUUUGCACAGGUCCCAAAAAUCAAGGCGCAUACUUCGGUGCUUGGCAUUAUGGCUUUGAAGUUUCGGGAAUUUAUACUUGGCCUAGUGGGUCUUCAUACGAAGGGCAUUGGCAGAAUGGAAAAAGACACGGUCUCGGAGUUGAAACUAGAGGCAGAUGGAUAUACAGAGGCGAAUGGACUCAAGGUUUCAAGGGGAGGUAUGGGGUGCGACAAAGCGUUUCAUCGACAGCUAGGUACGAAGGAACAUGGGCAAAUGGUUUACAGGAUGGAUACGGAUCUGAGACAUAUGCAGAUGGAGGAAGCUAUCAAGGUCAAUGGUUACGUGGAAUGCGCCACGGUUAUGGUGUGCGAACAUCAGCACCAUUCGGCAUGGCCGCACGUUUUAGGACAAAAUUAAUCAGAUCAUCAAUGACAUCACUCAGGAGUAACGAUGGAACCAAUAACCAAGCGCCUACUGUUGACACUGCGGAAAAACGUAAUCAUAGGUUAGAGGAUGCGCGUGGAGGUUUUGUUUUGAAAGCGAGGUCAGAUGAAACUCCAGCGAGACGAAAUAGUUUAGUAGAAAAGACCAAAAAGGGAUUGUUAUCGGGCCUCAAGAUAAGGAAACAACGAAGUACAGGUGAUUUAGAAAAACGUGGGGCUGGAUCCGGCAGCAUUCGGUCAACAGCAUCUGUUGCAUCUUGGCUGAGUACAGAGUCCUCACAGUCUGGCAUGACUAGCAAAUCAAUACACACAGAUUCCAAUGCUAGUUUUAUCGUAGAAGACGAACAGUUGGACGGUAGCGUUGUUGAGACAUAUAUGGGUGAAUGGAAGAAUGACAAGCGAUGUGGAUACGGUAUUUCUGAACGGAGUGAUGGAUUGAAGUAUGAAGGUGAAUGGUUUGCCAAUAAAAAGUACGGAUAUGGAGUAACGACAUUCAAAGACGGAACGAAGGAAGAGGGAAAAUAUAAAAAUAAUGUGUUAAUAACUAGUCAGAAAAAGAAACACUUAUUUCUCAUACGGUCGGCAAAGUUUAGAGAACGAAUAGAUGCAGCAGUCGAUUCUGCACAGCGUGCUUCGAAAUACGCCUUGCAGAAGGCCGAUAUUGCUAUUUCAAGAACGGCAACUGCUCGUGGAAAAGCCGAAUUGGCCGAUGUUGCCGCAGACCAUGCACGUGUUGAUUCUGACUUGGCUAUACAGAUGGCUAGAGAAUUUGCUCCGGAUUUUAAACCACAAUUACUUGAACGGUUUGAACGGCUAAGGAGAGAGCGUGGUAGAACACAAAUCGACUAUUCAAUAAAACCAACAACACCUGCAUCAUUUCAACCACAAAUCAAUGACAAAAUGAAAUCGUUUAACCAGGAGAUCGUAGGUUCUCCAACUCAAGCACAAUCCACAAUGUUUAAUAACGAUACAAGUGCCAUCGGAUACCCCAAAGGGUAUACAAAUUCCAAUCAAGCGAUUUCAAAAGUAAAUUUAGUACAGCAACAAGCUAAUCGCAGGCAAUCUCAGUCGUUUGACCGAAAUUUACAGCAAAAUCCAAUUGAUGUAACACAAAUGGUGGACCGUAUGAAUACCUCUUACUCCAGCAAAAUUAUUGAUGCUAAACAAUCCAUGCAGGCUGAAGUUCCCGUUAGUAACUGUAUACAAGUUAAUUAUCAGCAACCAAUUGGAUCGAACUAUGCCGAUAGACAAAAUUACGAACAACAACAAGACUUAGAUCGAUAUCGACAUGAUAAUUUAGCACAUCGAAAUUCCAGUCAGCUUUCCGGUGGAGUAAAUGCCGUCCCUCUUCAAAGUCCCGUUAGUCAUACCUCUAUAGAUUAUUUUGAUCAUUAUAAACGACCUCCUAGCAGAGAUGGUUCAGUCGAUCGAUAUUCGAGAGCCGCUAGUCGAUUAGGUGGAGCACAAUCAAGACAAUCUUCAAUAGAUAGAACCGGUUUAAAUGUAAAUAAUCAAGGCGUACCUAGUGAAUCUGUGGCAGAAAGAUUAUCGCAGAAGGGGAGGGGAAUGACUCCUGUUAGAAAUUCAACUGCUAUGAGCAGUUUUGCUACCAUGGACAAUGGAAUCGACCCACUACCCUCAUUCAGAGCUCAAACCCCGUUUCAUCAAUCGACGGGUGGAGCUUCCAAUCCACCAUUCGAAGAGGUACUUCUGCGUCAACGAACGCUUGGACAGGACAUUAUUCCUUCGCCAUUACAACCUAAAAGAACAGAAAGUUUAUAUCUGUCAAAGCCUUUUGGAAUGAAUUCCAAUCCGAACGAGCAUGCUGUGGACGGAACUAUGAACGUUCCAAAAAAUCGUGGUACAAUUAAUCGUAUUGCUGGAGGAGGUGGAGGUGGAGGCGGCGGUGGAGGCGGCGGUGGUGGCGGCGGCGGCGGAGGUGGAAUGUCAAGAGCACCAAAGUCUAUGCCGAUUAAUACCACUUUGCAACGGAAGAAAUCACUACCCGAUGUCCAACAACUUCCUUUUGCUACCACUACUAUGAGUAGAGAAGAGGUAUCUAUGUUGGGAUCAGCCAGGAGGGAGGAGGUACGACGGCAAAUAGACGAGUCGGAGCGCCUAAAAGCCAACCCAUUAUUGUAUUUAGUCAGUCCAAAAGUAAAGGAUUGGUUCUCACGACAACAACUAGUGGUGCUGGUGUUAAUAAUUAACAUAGCAUUGGCGAUAAUGUUUUUCAAAAUGCUAACAUAGCGCAAAUCGAUCUUUUGUUUGCAUUUUAAUCAUUUUCUGAAUAUAAAAAAGAGCAUAAAUGAUAAUGAUAUUCAAGCGAACAUUAUGGAAUAACUCUGACAACAACAACAAUGUGUGCUAAAACCGUCAUCACAGCCAUGAGACUUCUCUACUUAUUGGAUUCAGGAUUCAGCGAGCGACUAUCGAACGACAAUGAAGUGAACCCUGAAACUCAAUAUAUCGAACGAUUGCAGUUGGUAGUGUUAUAAAAAAAUUAAAUUAUAUAUUUCUUAAUGUU